GAGCAAACUGAGGCAAGUAGAUGUUGAGUGAUUUUCCCAGGGUCAUAACUUUUUAAGUAUCUGAUGCUGUAUUUGAACUCGGCUCUUUAUGACUCUGGGUUUAUUGUGUACCAGUUCUACUGUAAGUUGUAGAGAAUAAUUCUGAGGUUCUUUCUUACUUUUAUGAAAUAACAAGAGGUACCCUUCUCAUUCUUGACCCUGCCUCCACCCCUAAACUAUCUAUGAUAGCACAUGGAAUGGGAAGUGGGGUUGGUGCUAUUAUCAUCCCUACUUUACAUUUGAGCAAACUGAGGCAAGUAGAUGUUGUGAUUUUCCCAGGGUCAUAACUUUUUAAGUAUCUGAUGCUGUAUUUGAACUCGGCUCUUUAUGACUCUGGGUUUAUUGUGUACCAGUUCUACUGUAAGUUGUAGAGAAUAAUUCUGAGGUUCUUUCUUACUUUUAUGAAAUAACAAGAGGUACCCUUCUCAUUCUUGACCCUGCCUCCACCCCUAAACUAUCUAUGAUAGCACAUGGAAUGGGAAACUUAAACCUGAUUUUUCCUAAUUAUAAAUUAUGUCAGCAAAUGAGGGAAAAUACUAAUCUAUAUAAAAUCUUUUCAAGUAGUGCUUUUGGGGGCAGUUUUAAGGGGUUUUAGAGAAGACUUUAUGGAGGAGGUGUUAUUAAACAGGGCCUUGAAGGAAAAAUUGUUCAGUAAAGAUUUAGUGGGAAAUCUAAGCAGUGAAAUAAUGAGAGCCUGAAUUAUGGUGAUGGCCAGUAAGAGUGGAAAGAAGGAGAUGGAAUUCUGCCCAAACUACAGUGAUUCCCUGUUAGUUCUAGGGUCAAAUAUAUAUUCUUUUGGCAUAUAAAACUUUACAAUAUGGUCUUUUUCUAGGCUUUCAGUCUUCUUACCCAUUAUUUCGUGUCCUCUGGUUCCCAUAUAUUUACCAUUGCUCACACAACAAAUAAUCCUUUCACUAUGUCUUCUAUGCAAGUAGCAAAGAGUUAGCAUUUUGGAUUUUUAUUUAUCGGAUAGUAGGCAGUGUCCAAUGUUGCAGAAAGGUCAAAGGAGGAUGUCAAGAUUGUUAACAUUUUAUAGUCCAUAUGGAUUGGACUGAUAACAAAAAGAGAAAGAAUCGAAUUUUUGGGGUGUGCUAGGUCAGAAUGUGCUAAGAUAGGGCUUAAAAAGCUAACCUACAGCAAGUUAGUUUCAUUAGGGAUUGUAAAAAAUAUACUCUAUAACCCAGGGAAAUUGUUCUUAAUAAUGCACCACAGGGUUGAAUUUAGUGGAACUCAAGCAUCCUCCUAAAGUGUUCCCUGGAUUCCUAAUAGUAUGAUAGUUGGAAACAAUAUUUCUGAUGUCUUUACAGAUAUACUCUGGGAUAUGGGUUAUGCAGUUAAUAAUAACUCAGUUGUGUAGUGUUUUAAGAUUUGCAAAAUGCAUUUCCCAAAACUCUAAAGAUGAUGUUUCAAGUAUUAUUAUUUUACAGAUAAGAAAAUUGAAGCUUAAGGAAGUUAGAGGAUUUGCCUGUGGCAACAAUUAUAAUAACAGUAGCUAGCUAGCAUUGAUAUAUUUCCAGGUUUUCAAUAUGCUUUGCAAAUAUUUCUUUUGUCCUCAGGGCUAUACUCCCUGCUAUGGAGAGGACUGAUUAUAUUUGAGGCAAAUAUACCCCGUGACUAAGUUAAAAAUUCUGUUUUUCUUUUAAAAGCAAGGUCUGUAAAAUCCUAUUUUCUUUUUAAAAUUCUGUAUCAUCCCUGAUUUGUGCCAGCUAGGGAAACUUUGCAACAGUGUCCAAGUCCAGUAGUCCCCUAUUUCCCAAUUUAUGAGAAGAAAGGUAUAGGAAAUGACUUGCCCAAGCAGAAACCUUUACUUUCAAUCCCUAUCUUGGUAAUAAAUGUUCAGAGGGGUGAUUUGAAUCCCCAUUCAUUGAAGCCAGGGCUCUUUUAACUGUCCUUUGCUGUGUAUCAAUAAGUACAAAGGCAGAAUUUGAAACCAGAUCUAAUGGAUCAUCCUAUACUGUUUUAUAUUUGUAUUGAUUAUUUAUGUGUCUUAAGUUCCUUGACAGCAGGAACUGGUUUUUUUUUUUCUUUUACAGAUCAGUUCUGAGAAUAUCUAGCUUCAUGUCAUUAAGAAGCAAAAUUAAGAUGAAUGGACAUCCUGUUGCAGUUAUAUGUAAAAAAUACUCCCAUAUGAAGAAGACAUUCUUCAAUAUGAUGGAUUCAGAAGCUCAUGAAAAGAGGGGAAACAUCCUGUCACCUUCACAGCAAGAUAUAUCACCUCAUGCUGUUAAUGAGUUUAAGCAUUACUUUUGUGGCUGCUGUGCAGCCUUUAAUAAUGUAGCAAUCACAUAUCCCAUUCAGAAGAUCCUUUUCCGCCAACAGCUAUAUGGACUUAAAACCCGAGGUGCCCUAAUUCAGUUACAGAAAGAGGGAUUGCGAAACUUAUACAGAGGAAUUCUGCCUCCAUUAAUGCAAAAGACUGCAACAUUAGCACUCAUGUUUGGUCUCUAUGAAGAUUUCUCUUCCAUUCUCCACCGGCAUAUCAGUUCUCCUGGAAUUGUGACUCGAAGUACGGCAGCUGUUCUGGCUGGAGCAACAGAAGCCCUUCUUACACCACUGGAACGUGUACAGACAUUGCUGCAAGACAACAAGCAUCAGGAUAAAUUUACAAAUACUUAUCAUGCUUUCAAGGCUCUGAGAUCCUAUGGAAUUGGAGAAUAUUAUCGAGGUUUGAUACCUAUUCUUUUCCGUAAUGGACUCAGCAAUGCACUGUUUUUUGGUCUUCGAGGACCCAUCAAGGAACAUUUGCCUGAAGCAAAUUCUUGGAGUGCUCAUUUGAUUAAUGAUUUUAUCAGUGGAGGUCUAUUGGGUGCCAUGUUGGGAUUCUUGUUUUUUCCAGUGAAUGUUGUCAAAACUCGAAUGCAGUCUCAGAUUGGUGGGGAAUUUCAGUCUUUCCCCAAGGUUUUUGGAAAAAUCUGGCUAGAACGUAAUGGGAAAUUGACACAUCUUUUCAGAGGUGCCCAUCUGAAUUACCAUCGAUCCCUCCUAUCUUGGGGCAUAAUCAAUGCAACUUAUGAAUUCUUGUUAAAGCUUGUAUGAAAGAUGUCAUCUAUAAUUCCCAGUAAUAAGUUCAGUAGAACUUCUAAGAUGACUUCAGUUAUACCUUGGUUAUUAACAUUGGCUGAAUAUUAGACAGUGUCAUAAAUCAAACUGAGCAAGAUGAAAUAUGAGCAAAAUUUUCUUUGGGAUAAAAAUUGAAAAUAAAGAUUUAUGGGCAGGAAAGUUAAAUUAUUUUUAUCAAUACUUGCUAGGUUUAGAUUUUUGUUAUUAAUUACCGUCACUGUUGAUGGAAAGGUUCAAAGUCCAAGAAGUGAUUUUUUUUUUUUAAUGGAAAUUCUUUGAACUAUCUUUAUUAAAACUUGAACUGCCAUGAACAGCUGGAGAAGAGUCCUAAUAUCCUGAGAUUUCUCCGGCUUUUUUGUGCUUCACUUUCUUGUUUACCCUCUGAAGCUAUAUAAAAUGGUCUUUAGUUUUGUGAAGCUUCAGAACUUAGAGGAUCAGAGAGGAAAGCAAAAUAAAGAAGAGAAGCAGCUCUAUUAGGAAUGGGCUUUUCAUGAAAAACUGCCUACCUUCAUUGUAAAGCCAAAUGUAUAGUUACCAAAAUUGUGUUGCUUUUAAAUAACCUAGGAUUUUAUUUGUGGUGAUGUAAUUGAGCAAUUUUUAUUCAAAACUUUGUUCUAAAAAAUUCAAAAUUUAAUUAUUAUAGCCUCCAAUUUUCUUCAUUAGAUACAUUUCUCUUAUUGAUCCAAAAUUUAUGUUGAAUCCUUCUUGAAUAACUUUACAUGUUGAUUUAUCCUUUUUAAAGUUAAAUUUCAUCACAAAAAAUGAGACUUGAAUCUUAAGUUUGUCCUUUGAUACAUUUUCAUUCCAUUUUCACGUGGCAUAGAACUGUUUCAUUGAAUUAAUGCUUCAUCAGCACAGGUGUUUUGUUUCCUUGAAAUUCCACUAACUCUUCUCUAUAUCCAUUCUUCUUUCCCUCUUUAAGGAGCAGCUUUAUUUAGUUAUUACUUUAUCUCCACCUUUGUUGUGUCCUGGCUUUGCAAAAGUUCAUUAUUUUGUAGCCUAUGCUUUUUCUGAUUUCAAAAUAUAUCAAAAAAACCCAAACUUUUGCUUUCUAUAAUACUAGCUAAUUUUGACAUUCACUUAUUAAAUUUGUGUUGGGACUCAAAUUUUAGAUUUUCUUGAUGAAACAUAAAACUCAACCAAGUCUUAAGCUCCUGGGUAAGACUUUAGAAUUGUAGCAGUUGAGGCUAACUAGAUAUCUUGACAGCUAGUAGCUAAAAAAGUUGGAAAUAUCAUUUAUAGUAGAAAUGGGAUUUAAACAUUUUUUUCCCAGAUAAAUAACUUGAUUGAAAUGAUUGUCAUAAAUCAGAAUUUUAUCAAUGAAAACAUCCUGGAAAAAUUAUCUUACCUAUUAAAAGAGCUACUAAAUGUUAUUUAACUAAGUUGGUUUCUGAAAUCAGUGACUUUUCAAUUUAAGAGAGUACUGCUGCCUCCUUAUUUUAUGGGAAUGAUGUUGUAAAGCAACUUAAUGUCCUGACCUUGCCAUUCAAAUGUUUUAAUAACCUAUGAAAAUCUGUGCUUAAAAUCAAGGCAUUGACAAAUGAUAGUUUAUUAUUAAAUGUUGCAGGAGAGUAGUUAGUAAAAGGUCCAAAAAAGAUACAUAUUUCUAAAUACAGUUAUAUGACUGGCAGAACUAGAGAAUUUGACAUUUCUCCAACUAUAUGAGAAUCCAGCAAACAUCAUUUUUUAAAAUUGCUUUAUAUAACAGCAUUAACAUCCUUUAAAAAGCAUAUCUAUUUUUGUUAUGCUGGAAAUGAAACCAAUAUUAAUUAUCAACACUAUUAAGGGUUAAAUGUUACCAUUUCAGACCACGAAAUACGUGUUAUGGCAACCUAAAGCUUAAUAAAUGGAAGAUGAUUUGAGCAAAUGGAGUGGAACUUUUCAGAAUUUAAAUUUUUAAAAAAAUGUUUGAGGUAGGCCUUGACUUUGGCCAUAUUUUCAAACAAAACUUUUGGAAAUAUUACUAAAUACUUGCACUUAAGUAUGCAUGCAUUAUAAAUUAUUUCCCCCUCCAUUGUACAUUGGGACUGUAUUAUCUUUAUUUUGGCCUAGUCCUGUGUUUACACUCCAGGUGGUAGAAAUUGUGUUCUUAUGCACUUUUGUAGACUGCAAAUGAAAUUAGAAUUCAGAGAGAAUGCUUAGUUUUCCUUCUCUAAAAAUGUGUUUAGUUUGCGUUAUUUUUUUAAAAAUAAACAACUUGGCUCAUGAAAUAAUAUUUUUAAUGCUCCUAACUCUGAUGCUAUUUUGGAUUUCUUUAUCACUUUUCUACAGCAUGUGAAAGCCAGAAUGCACAUAUAUUUGAAGUUGACUUUGCAUCACACUAGACAGCUUAAAUUUGACAAGAUUGAAUGAUAUCUGUGUGGAACAUUUAGCCAUCUGCUUUGUUCUGGACUUUAAAGAAGUAAUAGUGGGCUAGGCAAGAAGUGUUAGUCAACUUCAGCAUAACUGACUUCCUUUCAAAUUUUUGACAAGGUAAAUGUUGAUUGGAUGAUUUUAUCUGAAAAGCUUUAAAAGUGUUCUUUGUAUCACUCCAUUGUCUACUUGUGAACAUGGGGGUGCUUUUGUUUUUUGCCUUUUUGUGCUACAUAAUUUCUAAGACUUACAGAAGAAGUUAUGGUUUUGUAUAUGGAGUCUUAAAAGUUUCUAUGUGCCCUCAAUGUAGUAUAACAGCCUUUGUACAUUAACAACUUCUACUGCAUCUCUACUUAUUUAUGAUAAGGUGCCAAGAAAAAUGGGUUUAAAAAAAUAUAAUCAGCAUUCAUCUUAGCUAAGGUUGUAUAUAUUGUGUAAUAUAUGUUAUGAACAGUGCUGUAAAGUGGGAUCUUGUGGAGAACUGAAAUUCCUAAGUUUAAAUUACUGUAGUGAUACUUGUAUUACAGUGCAGCAUAGUAAAAAAGAUGAAAAGUGUAAAAAGGAGAAAGGGCAUAUUAAUAAAACUGGGCUUAUAGUAAGCCAAUCAUGUUUAAAAAGUAGAUUGCUUCAGUAUGGAUGAAAUACUAUAUGUACCUGGGUGGUUAUUCAGUCAUGAAGUAAAAUUUGCAGUAAAAAGGGAAUGGGGAAAGCACUUGGAUCCAAUUUUGCUUUUUAACUUCAAUAAAAGGUAUCUCCAUUUGUUUUCUGAUGAAAAAAG